ACGGUUGUGUCAUUAGAUUUUAAAGAUUCAAAAAGGAUUGUUCAAUAAGCAAACAUUACCUGAAUGGCUUCAAAUAUUUAAUGUGCGAUAGUCUUAUUUAGAAGUACCCAACCCUACAUUUUAGCGUUUCCCGAGAUUAAAUAUGUUAUCAAUUUUUUGUAUUUAUUUGGUCUAAUUUUGUGGUGUUUUUCCUGAUUCAGAUCCGAUGUGGAAAGAUCACUCAGCUGACGCGGAAGACAAUUUUCUAAUUAAGAUAACCAAUGGAAAACGCUGUUAAGAGAGAAUACAGUAAUCUCCAUUUAUAUCGCUGGCACAUAUGAUAAUUUCGUGUUUUUGUCCCCACUGUAUUCAAUUUCACCACUUCAAUUUUAGAACACGUGGCUGCCUUUUAUCUUAUUAUAACCUCUUAAAAUCCUGUUCAAGAAAAGAUUUGAUUAUACUAACAUACCAGAGUUUUAGCGACUCUAGAGAGGCGAGAAAAAGGUCACAAAGCAAUUGACCAUACAAAUGAGAUUAUUCUGACAAACGGACGGAAAAUUACUCUGUAAAAGAACCUAUACUGGCUUUUGUAUACACAAAGGUUUACAGUUUUGGUGACAACAUCGUCAAAUGCUGAACACAAGUAUUUCAGCUGGGGGACUUGUCAGGAGAAAUUUCAGUAUCAACAACAAUAAGCCGCAAAGAAACGACCGCCCUAGAGAAUCCAUAGGUUCCAGAAGCAACAAGCCCGCAAAGCGUGGUUCGUCAAUCUCGUCGACAAGAGACAAGCGUUUAACGAUUAACGUGAGUGGAAUUAAGUUUCAGACUUGGCAGAGCACGCUGAUGCGUUUUCCUGAUUCUUUACUGGGCAGUGCAGAAGCCAUGAAACAGUUCUACGACGAGCAAAGAAAGGAGUAUUUCCUCGAUCGCGAUCCAUAUCUCUUUAAGUUUGUUUUGAAUUAUUACCGAUUUGGCAAACUACACUUCUCCCAAGAAGACUGUCCCGCUGCGUUCGAAGAAGAAUUACAAUUUUAUGGCUUUUCAAUUUACGACGUAAACGAUUGUUGUUGGGAAUACUGUACCCACAAAGAGAAAGGCCUACUUAUUGAAGGCGACAACGAUGCCCUUGAGGGGGAGACAAUUACCUGCAACGGAAAUUUGUGCGCCGUACAUUGCGAGCCAAAACUAACUUUGCGGCAGAAAAUUUGGCGAACCAUUGGCCCUUCAAAGACUACAAAGACCGGCGUAAUAUUUCACAUAAUAUACGGGUUUUUUAUUUUCGUAAGUGUGUUAAUAGCGUCUCUCGAAACUUUACGAUGUGGUCAAAAAACGUGUGGAGAAGUUUAUCACAGUAUCUUCUUCACAAUAGAAUCAGCUUGCGUUAUUGUAUUUACCGCUGAACUUUUGAUUCGCUUCUACGUUUGUCCGAUGAAAAAGAAAUUUAUGCGGGAUGCUAUGAACAUAAUUGAUACACUAGCCAUUCUUCCUUACUACAUCACACUGAUUGUUACCAGCUUUGGAGUGGAAACAAGCUAUAUACAAAUACUCAAAGUUUUGCGCGUGAUUCGGAUUCUGAAGUUAACGAGGAAUUCGAGAAGACUUCGUUGCCUCUUGUUAACUCUUCGACGCUGCGCAGUAGAUAUUGUAUUUCUCUACUGUAUUUGUCUCUUGGCGAUUAUUUUGUUUGGAACAGCGGUUUAUUAUGUGGAUUUCAUGGGAGGAGAUCCACAGUUUUCAAGCAUUCCGGAAUCAUUUUGGUAUACCUGUGUCACCCUGAUGACAGUUGGGUAAGGCUAUUGUAUCAUUAGUGAUACUGUUCUUAUCAUUCUUGCUUGUUAUUUUGAUAUUAUUUUAGUACACUUUUGAGUGGGCAAAGAUUGAAAUAAAAAAAAUUAAAAAAAAAUUAAAAAAGAAAGAAAGAAAGAAGAGAAGAUAUAAAAAAUAAUAAAUUACUUCUGAUCAGUAGGCUUAAGGGAAAAAGCCGUUUUGUCAGAGACAAGAGUUUGUAAGUAACGCAUGAAUUUAAGUAACACUAUUUUUUGGACUUUUAUCAUCGACGUGAGAAAUGUUGUUUUGGCAUGAUCUCAUAACUUAAAAGCCUUUUACACACAGCUCUAAUGGCUAAUUUCACCAAUUUCACCACCCUUUUAAACACGAAGCAAUUAUAAAAUUAGUAAUUUAUCUAAGCUUGUGCCAUAUUCACCUCUGCAAUAAGGAUUGCUAUGAAAAACAUUUUUUGAUAAAGAAUACCGAAAGGCGAAGAACACCAUGGGCCUUAAAUACAAUAUUUUAAAACAAACGGUACCGUUGAAAACUAAUGCGAGGUUUCAUUUCAAUGGUCGCACCGGACGAUUUCCAUCAAAUACGGAAACCUGGAAUCACCUUGUGUAGAUAUAUGAUUUAGCAACAGAACGGGAAUGUCAUUUGACGACGGGAAAGCGCGCGGAAAGGACUAAACUCGACUUCCGGUGCCCAAUUUGCCGCUCUGCCAUUGGUCAAGCCAGUUGUUUGAUUUGCGAGCGCCGUCGUCAACUGACGUUCUCGCUCUGUUGCUAAAUCAGGCUAUUAAUAAACGGCACCACAGGGAAGCGUUGUUCGGUAGCUAUUGUUUGCAUGGCCACACCAUGGGAUUUCAUCCACAGCUUGCACUGUAUGACUGCUUAUUAGUUUUCAUUUGAAUCGACCAUAGACUCAAUAGUAAGAACUACCUGGUGCUGUAUAAUAAGCAAACCAAAGGAAACUACUGCUCAGUGUCAUUUCACCUUAGGGAUUGUGAUGACACGCACUUUUGCGAAUCACAGACCUACAAAUUACUUAACAUUCAUUUCUAUUAAAAAUUUAAUUAUCAUAAACAUUUUAACUAAAGAAAUGUCAUACCGAUGUCAAUCAAGCCUUUUGCAAUCCAAAUUCAACUAUUUGGGGGUUUUAUGUAUUUCGUCAUUGCAUUUCGUAUAUCCUCAUUGCAUUUUUCCUGGGAAGCUCAGUACAUUAAUUUACAUUAGUAUAAUAAUUUAUCUUGUAAGGUGCCCUAGAUGGCCUCUACCAAUAAAAUAGACAAAAAUCGAUCAACACCAAGCGGUCACUUAAGCCGAACCUUUUUCAGCCUGUACAAACGAUUCAUUAAAGCAUGGAUUGUUCUUUUUCUUUGCUACACGUAAGUGGGUUCUAAAGAUAACAGAGAAAAAAUAGAGAAUAAUCAACAUUCGGUUUUGAUGUGGAAAAAGUUCCCUAUUCAAAGUUUUUCUCCAUUCUCUCCUCUGCAAUUCCAUUAAGCUGACAGAGGAAAACUAUUAACAUUAAAAAGCUCGGUCAUCUCAGCUAUCGCCGGACGACGGCGGCCUGUGUGCUUCAUAGGAUGAGAAUGUUCGACAGUAGGUUUCUAUAUAAACGCAUGCACUAGGGUUAAGAAAAAGCAAGCUCGAACAGAUUUGUAUUGAAAGCUGGAAUUCUGCAAAGCAAAAAUAUCGUGACAGAGCUUGACAGGUUUUUCCUAACCAAACUUAAUAGCACGUCCAGGGGACCAAAUUCAGCACCCAUAGAAAAGCCCAACGGAUGGACGUUCCUUCAAGAAAAUAAGGUAGCUUGCAAGGCAAAAGUGAAAGAAAAGGACGAAGGACAGGGAACAUGGUGACAGCUCCGCGUAAACGAACUUUGUUAUUCAUAAUCGAGGCACUGCGGGCAUUCACUGUUAGGUGUGAACAAGAGCCUCUUGGUGUGAAUGAGCCCAUAUCUCUUCUCUGCUUUCAGAGAAACUGGUCUAUUCGCCUCGAAGACAGCCUAGGAGAAGAACGAGAGGUGACUCUUUGUUCGAGUGAAACCGCUUACUAGUGAAGCCUGUAAGGAAAACCUUGGGCUGCAAACACCAAAAGUUAAUCUAUAUCUGUAACCAGGAAACUUGAAUUCCUUGGAAAAAUCCAGGUAAUAGGGAAUGCAGAAUUGACUGGCACAAUUACUUCAGCUCUGUUCCAAAGUUAAGAAAGUCUUGUUUACCUGUGAUACCCGAGUCAUCGAUGAGAGAACAAUACAAUUCACUGUCCCAGUCGUGAGUAAGUCAGUUCUGCUAAAAUAGAAACCAUGCNGGCCUGUGUGCUUCAUAGGAUGAGAAUGUUCGACAGUAGGUUUCUAUAUAAACGCAUGCACUAGGGUUAAGAAAAAGCAAGCUCGAACAGAUUUGUAUUGAAAGCUGGAAUUCUGCAAAGCAAAAAUAUCGUGACAGAGCUUGACAGGUUUUUCCUAACCAAACUUAAUAGCACGUCCAGGGGACCAAAUUCAGCACCCAUAGAAAAGCCCAACGGAUGGACGUUCCUUCAAGAAAAUAAGGUAGCUUGCAAGGCAAAAGUGAAAGAAAAGGACGAAGGACAGGGAACAUGGUGACAGCUCCGCGUAAACGAACUUUGUUAUUCAUAAUCGAGGCACUGCGGGCAUUCACUGUUAGGUGUGAACAAGAGCCUCUUGGUGUGAAUGAGCCCAUAUCUCUUCUCUGCUUUCAGAGAAACUGGUCUAUUCGCCUCGAAGACAGCCUAGGAGAAGAACGAGAGGUGACUCUUUGUUCGAGUGAAACCGCUUACUAGUGAAGCCUGUAAGGAAAACCUUGGGCUGCAAACACCAAAAGUUAAUCUAUAUCUGUAACCAGGAAACUUGAAUUCCUUGGAAAAAUCCAGGUAAUAGGGAAUGCAGAAUUGACUGGCACAAUUACUUCAGCUCUGUUCCAAAGUUAAGAAAGUCUUGUUUACCUGUGAUACCCGAGUCAUCGAUGAGAGAACAAUACAAUUCACUGUCCCAGUCGUGAGUAAGUCAGUUCUGCUAAAAUAGAAACCAUGCAUGGAGGAGCCACGGGAGAAGUUGGCUGACAAAUGAUGCGUCAACAUGAAACCGUUUUGCAGAGAACUUAGAAUUUACGUUAAUAUCGGUUAUAUCCAAAAUGCCGAACAAACCUAUAUAAGAUAACGUCAGUGAAAAAGGGAACACCAGAAUAAGAGUCGAUAGGAAUGCUUCCUUAUAGCGGUAAAACCUGGAUCACUAACAGACAAGGAGCAAGUCUACGAAUCUUCCAGCAGAGGAUCCCACACACUAUCAUGGUUUCAGCUGGGAAGGACAGAGUUACAAGCAGUGAAGAGUCUCGAACGUUCAAAGACCAAAAGCCUAAUUUGCCAUUCUCAGAGAAGACCGCCAACAAGGGUUAAAAGCCAUUUCUCAAAGCAUCCUGUGUGCGCUGGAUCAUUUGGCCUGAGGUAUCAAAGCAAAGUCGUAUUCCUGCAACAGGAAAACUAUCAACACGUCUAGAAGUUAAUAGGGAAGCCGCUGCUGUCAACUUGUCGCACAGCGAAGCGUAUUGAGGGCGGAUAACAAGAUAAAUAGAAACAUGGCUGCAAUGUGCCAAAAGAAGGAAGCCUUGUCAUGCAUCUUCAGCAUUGGUUUUCCUCCCUUUUCAACGCGUAUUUCGAAAAACUUUGACAUUUACUCAUGAGCCUUGACAUCCACUGGCGAAAGUGACUCAUUGGAGAAAUCACUCAAGUAUCACUUUAUCAUUGACAAACUGUUAACAGAAAUGUUACCAUGGUGAAAUUUACUUACGCCAAUUGCUCAUCUCCCAUAAAGCACCUUAUUUGCCGCCUCCCCCCUCCCCCCCACAAAUUGGUAUAAGCAUUGUUUGCAAUUUCUCUUGGGACGGUCGUAAUACCCAAGAGAAAUGAAAAACAAAGGUUAUGCAAAAUUUUGGGGGGCAAAUAAGGUGCAUUAUGGGAGAUGUGCAAGUGGCGUAUCUUUACACCACCAGCAACAGACUCAGUGAAGCGAAUCCAACGAUGGUGAAGACAAAGUCGAGUCACAUUGCUUCGAUGUACGACGACCUAUACCACAAGUUUUUUUUUACUUCGUUGAAAUUCGUAAAUCCGUGGCUCUUUCGUCACCUCCUCCAAGGGAAGAUAAGUCAACUUCCUAUUAGUGUACUGACCUUGGGAAAAAAACAUUAUCUCUAAGGUAUCUGCCAGGUUUUUUUAAUAACUGGCCUGCUGGAGACCGGUGUUAUGCAGGGAAACUAUCUGAGUCCAUCUUGUGACACCUCUAGGUCGUAUAUACUUUCGGUAAUACUCGGUAUAGAUGGGAAAAAAAAGCAAAGUUAUUAGGGCAAGCCGAGUUAGGAAAAGUGGGUCUUUGCAAGAAAAACAAACACUCUUUACAAGAAGAAAAAAAAAACACAUGGACACUAACUUUGCAAAUUUCUUCAUUUUGCAGUUACGGUGAUGUUGUUCCCUCGUCGGUCCUUGGAAAGUUUGUGGGGUCAGUAUGUUGUGUCUCCGGUGUAGUCCUCCUCGCGCUCCCAAUUCCCAUACUUCAAGAAAAGCAAGUCCCUUGCACGCUGGAAUCUGUGACAUCACGAAAACGACGGAGUCCACACAAGGCUGUUACAGAGUGCGCAGAAUGCAUAGGGGAAAAGGAAUGUCUUUUGACCCAAACCAGUGGCAAAAAUCAAGACCUGGAAAACGGGUUUGCAACGAGAGAAUAAUAAGCAUGUAUGAUGGUACAACAGCAACAGCAACUUUAUUAACAACAAAGAAACAUGCCUUCAGAGGUUAAAACACUCGACUUUGUGUAAAAACCUGUUUCAAAGCAAUAGUGUCAUCGUUGAUAACGUGUACUUUGGCUAGGACCUCAUCUAUUGGUGAAAAAUAUAACAUUGAUUCCUUAAACGCUUAUUGACGCUUAUUAAUAUCAUCAUAUACCAGGUACUUGUUGGCCCUGGGAGGUGGAUAUUGUUUGAAACUCUUACCCUUACCCAGUUCUUGUUCAGCCUAUUUUUGGAAUUCUGUCCGUGGCUAGAUACUGUUCUAUGAUACGUGUAGUAGUACAAUUAUUUCCAGUGGGCAAGACAAGUAUU